GGGGGAGGGGGGGGGGGUGUUGCUCCGCUGGUCACCUCUGGCGGCCACCAGAGCUCAUCAGGGUGGUAGAUCCACCCCUGGUAGGGGUGGGUUAGGGGAUAACUAAGUGUCACCUCUGAAGAAAAGUUUGGUGAGCCUGACACAAGUGUGCGCCUCAACUAUCGAGAUUUAUCGAUUUUCUAACAGGCCAAAUACAUUGAUGUGUGAAACCACAGCACGGUACAGCUGCGCUGUUGCUUUCUUGCUUAUUUUUGUCGUAUUUAAAUGCCAUAGGUAAACUGAGAACUUGAAAUCUUUGUAUGUAGUGGGCUCAAAAGCUGCCAUGGAUGAUAGUUCAAAGUUAGAUGUGCAAAAAGCCGAAGAACUCAAACUUAGGGCAAACGAUGCCUUCAAGGCAAACAAGUUUGCUCAGGCAAUAGAUCUAUAUACUCAAUCUAUUGAGCUAAAUAGUUCAAAUGUGGUAUAUUGGGCGAACCGUGCAUUUGCACAUACAAAACUGGAGGAAUAUGGAAGUGCUGUGCAGGAUGCAACAAAAGCUAUCGAAAUUGAUCCUAAAUAUUCAAAGGGUUAUUAUAGACGAGGCGCGGCUUAUCUUGCCAUGGGGAAAUUCAAGGAAGCCCUGAAGGAUUUUCAGCAGGUGAAAAGAAUAUGCCCUAGUGAUCCAGAUGCCACUAGGAAGUUGAAAGAGUGCGAGAAAGCUGUCCAAAAAAUUCGAUUCGAAGAAGCAAUUUCUGCAGGGCAUACAGAAACCCGCUCUAUAGCAGAUUCUAUUGAUUAUCACACAAUAGAAGUUGAGUCACAGUAUUCAGGAGCAAGAAUUGAAGGAGAUGCAAUAACAUUAGACUUCAUCAAGCAGAUGUUGGACGAUUUUAAAAGGCAAAAAUGUAUACAUAAAAGGUAUGCAUUCCAGAUGGUGUUACAAGCUCGAGACUUGUUGCGAUCAAUGCCUACCCUCGUUGAUGUGAAUGUUCCAAACCGUGGUAAUUUUACAGUGUGUGGUGAUGUGCAUGGCCAGUUUUUUGAUCUGCUUAAUAUAUUUGAGCUCAAUGGGCUUCCAUCUGAAGAAAAUCCUUACUUAUUCAAUGGGGACUUUGUGGACAGAGGAUCAUUUUCUCUUGAAGUCAUACUUACCCUUUUUGCAUUCAAGUGCUUGUAUCCAAGAGCUAUGUAUCUUGCAAGAGGAAACCAUGAAAGCAAGAGCAUGAACAAAAUAUACGGUUUUGAGGGAGAGGUGAAGUCCAAGUUGAGUGAUAUAUUUGUUGAGCUGUUUGCUGAGGUAUUUUGUUGCUUGCCUCUUGCUCAUGUGAUCAACAACAAGGUCUUUGUAGUUCAUGGGGGCCUGUUUAGUGUUGAUGGUGUGAAGCUAUCUGAUAUUAGAGCUAUUGAUCGUUUUCGUGAGCCUCCUGAAGAAGGUUUAAUGUGUGAAAUACUAUGGAGUGACCCUCAGCCUCAGCUUGGGAGAGGUCCAAGCAAACGAGGUGUAGGCCUUUCCUUUGGUGCAGACGUGACAAAGAGGUUUCUACAAGAAAACAAUCUGAAACUUGUUGUCCGAUCCCACGAAGUGAAGGAUGAAGGCUAUGAAAUUGAACAUGACGGAAAGCUUAUUACAGUUUUCUCUGCUCCUAAUUACUGUGACCAGAUGGGCAACAAAGGUGCAUUUAUUCGGUUCACUGCUCCAGAACUAAAGCCGGAUAUUGUUACUUUCUCAGCAGUGCCACACCCUAAUGUCAAGGCAAUGGCCUAUGCAAACAAUUUUCUCCGGCUUUUCCAAUAGCACUCCUUCCUGGAACCUUCUGCUGGUCAAUUUUGAUAUGCUAAACCUGUCUCCACCAAGCUCUUCUCAUACAAAGCUGUGAAGCAAGUCCUUCCUUAAAGAGCAAAUGUUGUGAUAAAACAAUUAUCUUUAUGCUGCUGUGAUCCUUCCUCGCAUUUGUUAAGUUAUUAUGUACUCAUAAAUAAUUGUUCUUUUCACUAACAAAACUAGUAAACAGUGAUUUAGAUGGCUGUGUAGUUGUACAAUUAUUUUAUGUUUCGUCUCCUCUCUCAGAUUCCCUUCAUAUCUCAAGUACAUUCAUUCAGCAGGAUUCUGUCACUGUGUUCGCCUUUAACUGUGCUGGAACAUGAGGAAUCAUGCCUUUUUAUAUUCCCUAUAAUUUGUCAUCUGAAUUUUAUUUGUACAUUUGGUAUGGUGUUGUAUCACGGUACAAUUAUCAUUUCAUAUUAAAAUCUUGCGCAGCAUGUGGUUUCCUGUGAUUAGUUGUACUUGUGGAAGAAUGUUACAUCAACCAGAGCAUCCUACUUUUCCAGAAAUGUGUACCAAGUGAAAAACACAGAGCAAUUGAGCAAAUAUGAAGAUUUUAUUUUC